UCUGAUUUCAUGAGUGGACAACAGGGUCAGAACCAGAUGGUCAACAUGGGUUCGGGACAGAUGUCUAUGGUUCCUGGACCAAGAGAACGACGAGUCAUCUGGAGUGGUACCAUUGAGUACCAGGACAAAAAUGGGCAGAACCCCAGCCAGAGAAAUGUCACCUUCAUGCUCAACUGUAACGUGUCUGUUGACAUCCAGGAUUCUGACAUGUAA